AACCAAUAUACAUAUUAAAAGUAAUAUCUGGAUGAUGACCUACAAAGUAAUAACAGCUCUAGUUUUUAUGAUCUUGAUUGAGUGUGUGAUAUUGCGGGACAUCAAGUCAUUGAAAACCUGUAAGAAAUGUUACAAGAAAUGUAAGAAAGUCAUACUAAAAUCAAAUGCAUCGUGUCUAGCAGACCCAACACCACCAGAGAAAGAGUGUAAUGAACUUGCAGAAUGUCUAAAAAAGUAUGACAAAUGUGCUGCUAAAUUUUGUCCUGUCGAUUCAACAAAGCAGUGUACAGAAUGUGAAUGUACAGAAUGCUCCCUGGAUUAUGAAUGUAACAAUUGCAAAUGCAAAAAUUGUUUUGGUACUCCAGUUCCAGCAAUAUCGCGAGACAACAAGUCAUUGAAAGCCUGUAAGAAAUGUUACAAGAAAGUCAUACUGAAAUCAAAAGACUCAUGUCUUGGAGACCCAUCACUACCAGAGGAGGAACGUAAUAAAGAACUUGCAAAAUGUCUAAAAAAGUAUGACCAAUGUGCUGCUAAAUUUUGUAGUUCUAAAACUAAUGUAGAAUCCGUUUCUACAACUGUGGCAACUGAUGAUUCCUGCAGGCAUUUGAUUGACAACCCCGUAAGAUCAGCAAAGCAGUGUAUAGAAUGUGAAUGUACAGAAUGCUCCCAGGAUUAUGAGUGCAACAAUUGCAAAUGCAAAAAUUGUUUUCGUUACAAAUGUUCCAGUACUAAUUAUCCUAGUUCCUAUCUUAAUUUAAAAUUAAGAAUAGCAUUACGAGGUCAAUGCUUUGAUGAGUAUGAGGAUUGUAAACGACAGGCAGAGGAAGAUGGUCGACCCUAAAAUGAUUAUUUAAAAUCAUUAAAUUAUGUUAUGGGUAGAAUUAAGAACAAAUUUUGACCUAUUGUAUAUGAUAUCUACUGUUAUAAUAUAUGAGAAGUUCUAUAUACAACACAGUAUUUUAAUACAUUUAUUUGUUUUGGCAUAUCUGAAUAGGUAAUAUUUAUUGUUAGUACCUUAGUACUUUAAAUCCUUGUUUUAAACAUGUUCUUGCCUUUUAGUUACAACAAACUUAUUAUAUACAGUACCAGUAUAUAUUUUCUUCAGACGAGCAAACUGCUAAGUUAACUUUUUUUGAUUCCCUUCAACCUCUCCAGAGGUCAGUGAUUGUAUAUUGUUUGAUGGUUAACAGAUCAAGUAAAGCAAAUUCUAAUAUUAUUGUGGUUGCAACUACAUGUACUCAAUUGAUUAAUAAAGAAAUUUGUUACAAAAUAUGAAUGCUUUAUUUUUGAGUCUUCAAAGUAUUAGAUACAUAUAUGUAAUAUAUAAUAAUACAUGUAUGUAUAUAUCUAAUACAUUACACAUGAGAAAAUCAUGUUACUGGAUUAAGAAUGCUAGUUACAAUAUAUACAAAUAUUUACCAGUUAUUGUAAAAC